AUGGUAAUUUGAACCACAUCGGGCAAGUUGGGCAAAUAAGGAGUGAACAGACAACCUGCCAUUCACCAGAAGAUAGUCUUAGAAUAUUUCAAAGCAUUUUUUUUAUUAUUAUUCUUUUCAAACGCUUAUUCCGCCUUGGAGUUCACAACAUGGUAACGCUCACCGCGAUCGUUGCACCGAUGGGUCGUCAACUGUUAAGGCAAUUUUCCAAACACACAAGAGGGCAGCGAUGGAUCCCUGUAAGAAGAUGCAAUCUGUCCGCAUGUUCCAGCAAAUUUGUGCUCUCCCAUGUGCAUCCAAUGUGGCAGGGGACACUGGCGGUGCCCGGUGGGGAUAGACAGUCUCCGAUCGACAUCGCGGUCCGCAAGAGCGUCUUCGACCCCCAGCUGAAGCCUCUGACCUUCCAGUACGACCCCAGGACUUGCCAGCAAAUAUGGAACAACGGCUACUCCUUCCUCGUGGAGUACGACGACACCACAGACAAGUCAAUUCUGAGCGGGGGCCCACUGCAGGAUGCGUACCGGCUGUGCCAGUUCCACUUCCACUGGGGGGAGAGCAACGCAUGGGGCUCAGAGCACACCGUGGACCGCCGGCUCUUCCCUGCUGAGCUGCACCUGGUCCACUGGAAUGCUGAAAAGUACAGUCUGUUUGAGGAGGCAGUGAUGGAGGAAAACGGCCUGGCUGUGAUCGGGGUUUUCCUGAAGGUGGGAAAGAGGCACGAAGGCCUUCAGAAAUUAGUAGAUGCUUUACCUGCUGUCAGGCACAAGGACAGUGUGGUGGAGUUCACCAGGUUCGACCCGGCCUGCCUUCUGCCCACAAACACCCAUGACUACUGGGCCUACCCUGGGUCACUGACCACCCCUCCCCUGAGCGAGUCCGUGUCCUGGAUGAUCAUGAAGCAGCCAAUAGAAGUCAGCCAUGACCAGCUGGCGGUGUUCCGGAGCCUGCUGUUCACCUCGGCGGAGGAGGAGGUGCAGAAGAGCAUGGUCAACAACUUCCGCGUGCAGCAGGCCCUGAGGGGGCGCACUGUUAGCUCCUCCUUUUCACCGUUCCUCCAGGAGGAGCCGCAGGAGGACCCGCCCGCCAAUGGGCCACGCCCGGACCACGCCCACUAGCCCGGCUCUCUGACCCCGCCUGCACAGCCCAACAGCUGACUGAGGAGCUGCCUGUCCUCAGACUGAGGCCGCGCUAUUGGCCACCCGCGGCCACAGAGCCGCUGGGAUUGGUCAAAGAGCUCUUGGGUCAGGGGUCAAGGGUGAGGGGGUGGGGAAAGGGCUUGCUGGUUUCUUUCUGUACCGCUGCCUUGGAGAUUUGGUGGAAAUUAAUGAUUUUGGGUUGGUUGUUGGGAAACUAAGCUGCACAACGGAAACAUUCUGUCAUCCCGAGCGGAAAAUCGAUUGUUAGCCGAUUUAAAUUUAACUUUGUAUUGACCAAACUAGUGAUGGACUUCCACACAAUUCUGUUGGAAGUCACUGCUGCUUGUUUUAAGACAUUAGUGUGAAAUGUGUUGAGUAGCUUCACACUUUACGGACACACAUAAUGUACCUUUUCCCCGCUCUCAGUUGGAGUCACUCUUGGCCUUGGGACGGGCCACACUGCAAUAAGGGAAGUUGAGAUGAGUUUGCCUCUGUCAACAGGAACUCUGAAACAGUCAUACAACUACCCUGCCCUCGUGUCCUCUUAACUCCUUUUAACUGUUCAAUUCUGCUUUCUAACUAGAUUAGUGUUGUUAUCCCUAGUCCAGUCGUAUGCAUGCAUGUGUUUCUCUAUGUAUAUAUAUACAGGUUAUUACGAGUAGUAGAACUGUGUUUAGGUAUUUUGGGGUAUUUUUUCUUUUUUUUUGGGGGUGGGGUCAGUGGUGCAUUGUGGGACGGCAGCGGGCGGUAGCCCAUCACCUGAACACCAUCCGUGUUAGUGCCGAUCCAGAGCUCGAGCAUCGCUUGCUCCUGCCUGACUCGCCGAAGGGGCUUUGACCAUGUGACCCCACCGGUGCUGCGAGCGGAUUGGAUGCUCAUAGACAAGCCUCUUCCAUUUCUCUGAGAGAAAAAGUGCCUUCAGUGCAGCACAAGAUCGAUGAUGCACAAAACCCAUGUUUGUCCGAACAGACAUAGAACAGUUCUUCAAAUCACGGUCCUCAAGGGCCACAAACUGCUGAUUUUCCACGCUCCCUUUACCUGCCUGUCAGGUGUGAAGACUAGCCUGGCCAAUCGGUAGCACUAAUUGUUAAAAACUAGGGCCGGAUCUGGAUUUGAGGGCCAGAUUUGAGUAUCCGUGCUGUACAGUUUGUUGGGAGUAUACUUUAUAGAAACAAACAUCAACUAGUUCAUAUGAACUAAAUGACUUAAAAUGGAAUUUGUGUGGAAAAAUGUAACUCCACAUUGACUUCGGUCACCCCCGGUGUGCACAUCGCUGAUGGCCCAAACAGUUGAGAUGUCUGCACACGAGUUAAAUGCGGAGGUUGCCUGUGAUUGGUCUAAAAUAUAGGCUGUGUCCUGUAUCCUGACGUACUAACAUACCGUCUUCUCUUUCUUUUCUUUUAAAAAAAUAAACUAAAGUGACUUUGAAAUGGUCAACGUCCAUCUGUGGAUGUUUCCCGCAGCCCUUGCUGUGACCUGUGUUCGGUGCGGUAAAUGUAGUUUUUCCACGUUUCCUGUGGUUAUCACAACCACAGAAUUUUAAUCUGUGCCCUCACUGGUAUGGAGUGUCGCUAAACAAACUGUUUGAAGCUGCUUAUACCUUUGGAAAAGUAAUUGGUUCAGUGUGAAGAACAUUUCAGAAUUCCAAAAUAGUAUAAUUUCAUCAGGGGAAAUUUCAUAUUUUUUAAUGGACUUCAAUGGAGUAAAUGAACUUUUUGGCCAAUUUGGCACCAGAGGCUUAAUAAACUGCAACACGCCUGGUAACCGCUGGAGUUUGUGAGCUGCGGGGGGACUGUCACUCCCCGGUCCCUGGCUAUACACGUUUGGCUGUGGUGCCGUGUUCGGCUCUGGUUUCAUUUCGGCUGAGUUCGCCUUCCAAUUAGAUUUUAUUUGUAUAGAACGUUUUACUGAAGACUGUCACAAAGACGCUUUGAAGAGUCAUUCAGUUCAGUUUUAUUUCUAUAGCCUUCUCAUGAAGUAUGCUCCCAGCUUAACUGCUGCCAAAGGUACAGUCUUAGAAUAUUCCCGCCUUACUGUCUGCUGCCCACAGGAGAAUGCCCCCUCCCACUGGUAUUGAAGACCGUUUCUGUCCGGGGGGGGGGGGGGGCAAUAAAGACCAAUUAGGCAUGGGGCUUUUUUCUUUGGAGAGGAUAUAGAGGCAAUAAACAGGGAGGGUCAGCUGUCUGUUGGCGGGGGGGAGAAAGAGAGGGAAAAAGAUGGGCGGGCAGGCAGGAAGAAAAGCGGGAGGACAAUAAUUUCUCUGGCUGCUGAUUGGUUCCCGCGAUCGUACGGGGGAAACACACUCCCAGAUCUGCUUCUCUGUGGGACAGGGCGGGUUUGGUUUGGCUUGUCCAGCUUGUGGGGUUUUUCCUCUCUGAUCACACAGGAACAAUACCCCCUGAGAGGGGGGCCGGCCCCCAUCCGGCCCCCCGAUCUGAAUGGGCCACCUGGUGUGCCCCCCCCCCCGCCCACCCCUACUCCCGCCACCCCGGUCCAGCAAUAACACGACCCAAAAACCGCUUCCCUGUCCCGACAAUGCUGGUCCCAGAACAGCCGGUGUAUGGGGAGGGGGCGCUGAGGGAUAGCGUAGCGUACAUUCUUUGUCACGUGACCCGAGACACAAAGGCGGGAAGGGAUUUCAAAAACCUGAGACUUUCAAGUAGGAAGAGGAAGAGGGAAAAUGAUUGUUCUUCCCGAUUUCAGAAACGUGUGUUUGUUUGAGAUGUUGUUUCUCUGUGGACCUGACGGUGCCUGUCGCUGUCCGUUAUAACCCCCCCCCCCCCUUACACACACACACACAGCCUCACACAUGACGAGUUCACUCCACACAUUCCUCCGACAGAUCAGAGAAUUCAUACCAUGUUUUUCUUCCAUUUUUUAUCCUUCUUUUUUUACAAAAAUUAAUUCUGUAAAUCGCGCACACUUCCGCUUACCGAUGCAAGGCUAACCUGCACUGCCAAAAAACGUUUUAAAACGAGUCACAAUGUAUGCAUUAAGUUUACUGAAAACAAAACCUUGGCACCAAGUAGUAGGUACACAGUCACCCUGUGUACCGUAGGAGUCGUUGGGUAACGUCUCUUGUGACUCUGAAGGCCAGUGCUUUGUGUGGGAAGCUGAAACAGUGUUGUUACAGAAGUUACCAGUGUCCUCUGCCUGAGGGCUCAUAAUGCAUCGCUCCUCUUCCAUACCCACCAUUGUUGCCUUUCUUUAUGACAAAUAAAUCUCUCGCAGGUACGCACAACCCUCAUAAUAUUACCAUAUCAUGUUCCCUUUUUUAUGAAUGUAGAAAAAAAAAAAAAUCUGUUCUCUGUAAUAUAGAAUGCGGUUAGCACAUUAGUGCUUGCUCUAGGGGGACUGGGUGGGGUCCUAUAGGGGCGUGCUGGAAGGCUUCGGCCAUUUUGUGUGUCGGCUGGAUGAUUCUACAUUCCGUCUCUGCAGGGCCCUGUGGGACACCAGUGGUUUUGGGGGCCCCAGCUCCCGGCGGGAUUGUUGUCCCAGGUGCCAGGGUCAGAGCGCUUUGGCCCCGGGCCCAGGUGCCGGAGCUGUGCCUGGGCCUGGGGGCCCAGCGUGGGAGCUGAACGUCUCGCACGCUAACCACGCCUGGAGAGAUGGAGCCACACGCCCCUGUGCCCCUCUCCACUACUGUUAUACGUUUCUAUUCUGUAUAGAGGCUUUUAAGAUUUAUUCAAUAAAUUAUACGGUAUAUUAGAAACUGAA